GGGGUGCCACUUCUUAUGUCACCGUGCCGAUGCUCCGUUACAUUCAUUCCUAUCCGCCGACCUCGACGCCAGCGGUGGCAGCGGUGGUCACCACCGCACCGUCGCUGGCUGCACCCGUGCCUGUGCCCGUGCCUGUGCCCGUACCUGCACCCGCUUCCGCACCACCUCUCAGUCAACCUACUGUCAUCGCCAGUCAAACGCCGCCGCCGCCACACACCGGGACUGCCUACGCCGCGAGAGACGCGUAUCGUGCCGGCACUACGAACGUGAACGAGAGACUCGCCAUCAACGUGAGCAACAGCCCCCUGUCGCAAGUUGGUGGGGUUGGCGUCGGGGUAGUGCCCGCGGCGGAGUACAGCGGCAUGGGAGCCGGCGGCAGAGGCGAUCGGCAGAGGAUAUCCCUCUUGCCGCCUAUCGGCCCCUCGGUGACGUCCAUACCAUCGCCCGCUGCCGCCGCCGCAUCGGAUUACCAGCAACAUGCGGCGGCGGCGGUGAGGAACCCGCCACGAGUAGGCCCCAUACCCGUCCAGCCUGAUCAGUAUUGCAGUCGCACCCCCGUCGACAUGUCCAGUCUGGAAGCACCACCCUUUAAGAAGAUCCGUUUGGGACAGCAUCAGCAGAUCCAGCAGUUGCAAUCCCAGCCUCAGCCGCGCUGCCUGUCGCCCGCGGACCCAUGCGGGGGCAAGCAGGAGCAACAGCAACAACAUGUCGUGCAGUUGCAACAGCCACUUAGGAUAGACACCAGGGAGCAGCCUGCCGUAGGUGCGUACACGCCACAAACGGAAGCCAUUUCGCCUACGCUUCCAGAGCCGAAUACGCAGGAGGAUACACAAUAUAGAAGUACCAAGGAUGAUCUCUUGCAACAAAUUGGUAAAGUUGACAGAGAGAUUGCCAAGAGGGAGAAUCAAUUGAACAUGUUGCGGAAGAGAUUAAAAGAAUUGGAGGAAACGGCGAAUAAGCCUCUGGAAGUGAAGGACCCUGAGGAACAGUCACAGCAACCAAAGCAUCAAUCGAUGGCGCAAAAGGUCUACGCUGAGAAUAGGAGAAAGGCAGAAGAAGCUCAUAGACUCUUAGAAAGACUGGGCCCCAAAGUAGAACUACCUUUGUACAAUCAACCGUCAGAUACAAGCGUAUACCAAGAGAAUCGUACACGGCAUCACACGUGUAUGCGAGCCAGACUCAUGUCUAGGCUCCGGAGAGAGCACGCCGAGCGCGCGUCUCUCCAUCGGCAGCAGUCGCAAACGUACGCCAUUUUGGUUCAAGAGUGGCAUCGUAAGGUAGAGCGAUUGGAGUCAACGCAGAAGAGGAAAUCGAAGGAGACGAAGAAUCGCGAGUUCUUCGAGAAGGUAUUUCCUGAAUUGCGAAAGCAGAGGGAAGACAAAGAGCGUUUUAACAGAGUUGGUGCUCGCAUUAAGAGUGAAGCUGAUCUUGAAGAGAUAAUGGACGGUCUACAAGAACAAGAGAUGGAGGAUAAGAAGAUGCGUUCGUAUGCAGUCAUACCGCCUCUGUUGUUGGACACGAAGCAACGAAGGAUCGCGUUUCAAAAUCGGAAUGGAUUGCUCCAACCGGAGGAAUUAGAAGCUCUUCACAGUGAACGUAAAUUAAUCAACGUGUGGAGUGCGGUAGAGCACGAAUUGUUCAAGGAGAAAUACCUUCAGCAUCCUAAGAAUUAUGGAGUGAUAGCUCAAUCGUUAGAACAUAAGUCCGUUCCAGAUUGUGUACAUCACUACUACCUCACUAAAAAAGCAGAAAAUUAUAAACAGCUUCUACGAAAAUCGCGUCAACGGACGCGUAGCUCUCGGAAUAAUCCGAAUAAUAAAGUAAAUAAUACAAGCUCGACUAUCGGACCUAUAGAUAUUUUAACAACAGGCGUAACGACAAGGUUACAGCGCGAGCAGCAACAGAAGACUCAGGAAAAUCCUCAGAAUAGUUCGGCAACGGCUGCGUCUACAACGAGCACCACUGUCACAUCGAGCGUAUCGUCAACAACUGUUGCGACUACGACUGUAACGACGGCGACGUCUUCUUUGAGCUCGAUGUCGUCGGGCGUUAGCGUAACGACGGAUUCCGUAACGGCAUCAACGACAACGACAACGACAUCUGUCCUGAAUACCAGCACGACGUCGAGUAUCUCGGCGACGUCGACGACGUCCAGCGCGAAAGAUUCCAGGGAUACGAGCAAGGAGAACAAAGAGAACAAAAUCGACUCGAAAGACUCUCAUUUCAUAAAGGUAGAGAUAAAAGAGGAGCCGCAAUCGGACACGGCGUCGGGGAAGGACAUUAAAGUAAUAAUGGAAGGGAAAAGCGCGCUGUCAUCGUCCGCGUCUUCAUUGAACAACGCGACGAACGUUUCGACCAUUCAGUCCGAUUUCAAGGAAUCCAGUAAAAAGAAGCCGAGUUGCAGGGACACGAGCGGUGGUGCUAACGUGGCAGCUAGUGGUAGAAUAAAAGACAAGAAGAAGGAGAAUCACACUCCUAUGGAGACCAGUGACGAGGAGGCGCCGUCGAUCGACGUCAUCGAGGGUGGCAGGCAGAUAGGGCCUCACGCUUGCACGGUGUGCCAAAACGUCGUCGAGGGAAGCACGAACAGCCGCGCGUUACCGCGUAGCCAAGCGUCGCAGUACGGCCUGCGGGAGGAGCAAGUGCCGCCCGGUGCACGCGUCUGCAACACCUGCCGCUGCAAGGCCGUCCGAGGACGUUACACCGCCUGCCCGCUGCCGGGCUGUCCGAAUCUGAGCAGCUCCAAGUCGAGAGUGAAGCGGCUGAGAGCGUUGCCCUCCAAGUGGCUUGACCUGCCGCCGGAGAUUCGAGAGCCAAUCGCUCAAGAAUUCCAAAUACCAAACAGCGCGACGAAAUGCUGCUCAGCCUGCUUCAGCCGCAUCUCGCGCCGUUUGGCGCCGCACCUCGCCGGCGGUACCGAGGUGUCCGAGGAUGGUACCGACGCGUUGUCGCGCCAAUGGUCGGACGAGGAACUCGAGCAGCUCCGCAGGGCGCUCCGGGAACACGGCACCAAUUGGCCGAAGGUUGCCGAGCAGAUACCCGGCAAGACGAAUCACCAGUGCAAAAACUAUUAUUUCAAUUACCGAAAGAAGUUGAGUCUUGAUCAAGUAGUGGCUGAGUAUUACGCGUCGCUAGGUGAAGAACGACGACCGUGUCUGACCGAUGAAGAGGAAAGCGGUAGUAGUACUAGCAGCUGCGAUGAGCUAACUGUUGGUCACGAUACAAGUGACACAGCUAGCGCAGGAAGUCCUGCUACUACUAUGACAGGCGGUAAUGCAGCGUCUAGUGGUACUACGGCAACAUCCUCGUCAUUACCGAUGUCUUUCCAACGAUCCACCGAACAGAAACUUGGCGAGAAACUCUCAGAUAUAGCAGUCGUAUCUCUCGUGCCACCCGGAUCGUCGCAUCAGUCUUCCUCCAGUAGCGGAACAGCCACUGCUACAUCUGGUGGUAGGGAAGAUUAUGACAGCUCCGCCACGGAGACAGCGGACGAAGGUCAGGGAGGUGCUGACUUGGAUAAUGGCAGUGUUGUGGUGACUCUGACAACCUCCAACAGUAACGCGACAUCGUUGCAACAACAGAGUCAACAACAGAGCCAGCAUCCACAGUUACCAUCGAUUGUUCAUUCGCCACCUUCGACGACGAGUAAUGCCAGUCCCAUCACUGUUAAAGAUCUCAUGCUUGGGGUUAUUGAAAUGCAACUGAAACGUACUCCAAACAGUCCAGCCGACGGCGGUUCGUCAGCACCAAAUAGCUCUAGCACUCCAACGAUUUCUAGCAUUUUGAAGACCGAUCAUCGUAACGAUAUAACAUAUGUCCGUGGUUACAAGUCGUCAUCAAACAUGGCAAACACCGCGUUGUCUAAUAGAGAUACAGGUCUUGCAACGCUCUCCGUUGUCUCGGGGCCGCAUCAUGCUCAUCGCUCUGCUCCCAGUCCUCAGCAAAUGGGUCAAAUGCAAGCUACCAUUACUCCUUGUCCACCUUCUGUACCAAGUAAUCAAGCUUCAUCUUCGGAUUUGCUGCCUAAAGAAGGUUUGGUUAUGCAAGUUAUGCAGGUACAACAAGCGCAACAAGCGCUCCGAGAAACGGAAGGAACGUUGGACUUGAGUAUUAAAAAGCCAAGAGUACAACAAGAUUACAAUCACUCGAUGCAGCUUCACAAGCCAUCGACGGUCACGCUCUAUCGAUCGGAACCACCGCCGGGCGCGUAUUAUCACCCGCACGCGCCUCAUCCCGAGCAAGGUCGCGGCGCGAAGAGUCCACUGAUUUAUGCCUCGUCACCGCGACCGCAAGCACCCAUUACACCCAAGAUGAACAAAGUCAACGUACCACCGCCUCAUCCCAAGCUGUCUCCAAAAUUGAGCAAUAUGGGCACACCGAGUGCUCACAAAGGUGGUUCCAUCACGCAUGGCACGCCUGUACCCUCGGCACGUUACGAAGGCCUGUUGCGACAAAUAACGCCGCCCGGUAAUCCAACGGUUGGAGGUGCCGCUCCAAAUGCUAAUGAACGAGGUGGCGGCAGCGCCGUCAACGCCGGCUCCGCUGUUCCAGGGACACCGAAGGAUACAGGUGGUUCCAUCACUCAAGGUACACCGGUGCUUCCAUUCGGGGUAGACAAACGCGGUACAGCCAUAUACGAUUAUCAUCGCACCAUCCGACAUUCGCCUGUCACGGGCGGUAGCAACGUUCCACCACCACCGCCGGGACAAGGUCCUACAAGUCAGGCGGCGUCGCCGGCCGUAGUGGUGAGCCAUAGCGGCAGCCAGUACAAUUCUUAUUCCACCUCCGGGCGGCCACCACCUAGUUACUCGAUGGAGCAGCAGUUGUCCAGCCGGCAGAUUAUCAUGAACGACUACAUUACAAGUCAGCAGAUGCAUGCGCGUGCUCGUGGCAGUAACGUUGGUGCGCCUGUUCCUCCUGAGCCAACCGGUAAAAGUGAGCCGCCACCGCCACCGUCGUCCAACCUCUAUUACACCAGCACACCACCUCCAUCACAGACGCAUACGCAGCCGCGGCAAGGCGUCAUUCAGAGGCACAAUACGCAGAAGCAAAUGCACUAUCCGCCACCGCCGCCUGGCUUGGAAGCGUUCUCCAGUUUAGUGGAUGUGGCGGUACAGCAACCCAGUCUUCCGGUGCCACAUCCGCACAGCCAUCCAGCUGCAUCUGGUAGUGGGGGCCACGAGGGACUCGGUAAGACAAUGGCGGAUCGCUUGUUGGCCGACCGUUACGACAAUAACCGAGUGUUUCGCGACCAAGAGAUGCGGCUACAGGAACAUCAUCGUAUGGCGGCAAUGCAGGAACAUAGAUUAGCAAUUGCGGCUGCAGUGCAGCAUCAACGCGACAGAGAACGCGAUCGAGAGCGCGAUAGAGAGCGCGACAGAGAACGCGAACUCGUUCAUAUGCGGGAAAAGGAGGAACGUUUGCGCGAAAAGGAAUUACAUCAACAAUUAGAGCACCGUCUUGCGAUACAGCAGCAGCAUCAUCAUCAACGUGAAAAGGAUCUCCAGCAGCAAGAGCAUCGUCUCGCGCAACGAGAGAAAGAUAUACAUGCCGAGAAUGUUCGUUUGGCUAUACAGCAAGUUCGGGAAAAAGAUAUCCAACACGAGCAUCGGCUUAGUGUACAUCAGCAGCAGCGAGAAAAGGAGAUACAUCAACAAAUGGUAGCGGCUGCCGCGCAACGCGAGAAGGAACACGAACAUCGACUGGCUGUACAACAGCAUCGCGAGAAGGAGCUGCAGCAGCAGGAGCGGCUCAUUCAGCAACAGCGGGAGAAGGAACACGCCGAACAGCAAGCGCAUCGCCUGCAGCAAGCGCAUCUCCAGCAGCAACAUCAGCUUCACAUUCAGCAGCAACGUAUAGAGGUCGAGAGAAGACACAUGGCGCAAAUAUACAGAGAGCAACAACAACAUCUCGACAGAGAUUCGAGACUAUUAAGCAGCGGAUUCCCGCAGCCCAGGUUGCAGCUAUCUCAACAGUCUCAACAGCAGCAGCAGCAACAGCAGCAGCAGCAGCAACAACAACAGCAGCAGCAGCAGCAGCAGCAGCAGCAGUCGUCGUCGACAUCGGGACGACAGAAUCAAUCCAAUCAGUCGAGCGAGCCCACUCUCACAGCAGCCAGUCUAAUUGAUGCUAUCAUCACGCAUCAGAUCAAUCAGAGUUCUGAGAAUUCAGGAAGCGGAUCCUCGGCCAAUCAACCAACACGUGCUGGCGAUCGUCUCUUUCAGGGAUUUCAUCGCGAAGCUCAGCAAGAACCUAAUGGCAUAGCGCAUAGUCCCGCCGGCGAGAACAGCGGCGGUGGAAGUGGUGGUGGCGGCAACGGAAGUGGCAGCAACAAGGCAAUCACUCUCGGCGAGCAUGUUGAGCAUGUUGUCUCUAAAGAUUAUGGCCCGCCUCAUUCCUCAUACAGAUCUUAUGGAUAUCAAAUUUCUGAUGAUCAAUGGAAGAGAAGAAAACUUAGUGACCCGGAUUCGGUGAAGACCGGAGAUGAGCGUCAAAUAAUACGCGUCGCGCAACAGCAGCAGCAGCCGCAGCAGCAACAACAGCAGCAUCAGUCAUCGGGAAAACAGCAAUAUCAUUCGGUCGAGCCGGUUUCACCGCCAGAGGCAACUACCAAUCAUUACGGACGUCGCUUCUACGAAUCGAGCACUGCCACAUCUACUUCCGGAACUCCCUCCAACAAGCCGCAUCAGAUAUCGCCGUUCGAUUACGUGAAGAACAAAAUCGUCGAGGUGAUGCGCACCGAGGACGAUAAGGCCGGCGGUGGCACUGGCGGCGGCGAUGGUGGUGCGAGCCUCGACAGAAAUGGAGGUGGCAAUUCCGUCGUGAUAACCGAGAAGGAUGAAAAGGGGGCUGGUGCGGGAGGCAUGGAAAGAAGUCCAUCGAGUGGUGGCGGCGGAAGCGGCGGCGGUGGCGGCGGCAGUAGCGGAAGUAACGAGAUGGUCGACGAUGCGGGUGGGCCGAAUCCAACCACACGUGAACCACCGCCGCCACCCACGCCUGCGGCUGCAACCACGUUCUAUCCAUAUAAUGCGCUGACCGUAGGGGUACCCACGGCACCACCGUCGGCUCCGCCAUCGAGCACAGCUGCACCCGCCUCUGUGACGAAAUCGGAGCAGAUGCAGGCCGAGCCGGCGCCGUUGCUCUCCUCUCAGUACGAGCCGCUCUCGGAUGAGGAUUGAUAGUCCUCUGUAACCGCUCAGCGUUGUAAAUGUUCUUAUACUAAACUGGCAUACGCUAGUACGACGAUACACGACUAUUACGGAUGCCGAGAGAUGUUGUGGCAUACGUCUUUUUAGGAUACUCGCAGAUGAUCACCGAAUGGAAUCAUGAUUGAUUAUAUUGGACGAUUUAUCGACGCUUUACGGGCAAUCAGAAGCCACACUGCGUUCUUGUCGGUCGCCAAAUCCUAAUCUAAUUUAAGAGACUUCUUCUUUUUAUAUAUACGCAUAUAUGUAUAUGCAUAUGUAGAUAUAUAUAUAUAUAAAUAUGAGAAUUUGCGAUCUCCGGCGUGAUAAGUGCAGAGAAGUAUGAUGUUUUAAACAAAGCCCCCCUCCACACAUAUUGUUGUUUUACAAACUCUUUGUAACUUGAUUGUAUUUUUAGUCAAAGAUCAUUCCCGUACUAUGCAAAGAGAGGUAAACACACAUUUACGAAACAAAUCAUUUUAUUUACCUUCUCGCGGUGUUGCGCUGGCUUUCAGUUAAAUACAUAGCGACGAAUAGUUUUAUCUAAUACUUAGUUAUUUGCGAUGUAUAAUUUAUAUAAUGUCGAUAUAUGGACAAAAAGUAUAGUCUGUAUAAAUAUAUGUAUAUGUACGUGAAAGAAACCUAUGACAUUUGACCGCCAUGAUUUUUUGAUGGACUCCUUUUUUUAAAAUCUCGCGAGUUAAUUGUACAGGUUCGUAUUUUAGUUUAGCAAAAUUUUAUGAAUGCAAUAGUUUCAAAACAAAAUCGUUACAUAAUUGUUAAAUAGUAUUUACUCGCCUAUACAUAUAUUUUUCACUUUUUAGGUUUUUCGAUACUCGCAGAUGUAUAUGCGUACGUCAGUCCCGGUUUAUUUCGCAAAACCGGGAUUGAUAUUCGAUAUAUAUCUAUUCUAUUUCGUAUGUACUAAUGUACCAAGUGCGCGAAGCUUUAGUCGAUUGAGGUGAAUUAUUAUUUUUUACGUUGACUUGGGCUCGAUCAGUCCGCAAAAAGACGUCGGUAUACGCGCAAACAUUCGAUCUGUGAAACAUCUAGGUCUAUGUAUGUAUAUCCCAUGUUCACAAUACAGACGCUUCUUUUGUACAUAAAUGAAAAAAAUAUAUGUAAUCGUUAAGCGGUAAUAAUAUACAACGCUAAUGAGGG